GGUGCAGAGGCUGCGCCCCGCCCGUCCCGUCCAGCUUUAGGUCUACUCAGGUGCGCCUUCCGUGAAAUUUUCGGGGUGUGCCAGGGAAGAUGAAAGCCAAGGGAGUGACCAGGGAGCCCUCGGCUGCCUCCACCUCUUCCACCCAGGAUGGGUCAGUCCUCCUGGUACCUCCUCACCCAUCGGAUCGGGAUCCUUUCGUUGGAAGGGAGAGGGUCGAGGCCAUCGAUCUGACCCUGGACGGCCUCCUGUAUGCCAGAAGCAGCGAAGACGAGGAGGACGAGGAAGACGAGGAGGAGGAGGACGACGACGAGGAAGACCAGGGAGAGGAAGAAAACUCAUGUCUCAAGGCAGGAGACCAGCCCGCGGCCUCUUCCUUGACCCAGGAAAGUUCGGGCUUGCCGUCGGGCAAAGAUGCCCUGGACCGAGUCCUGGAUACUUUUCUGACCUCGGCUUCCAGCCACACGGACAGCCCUUCGGCGGCUUGGUCGUCUUUCUUCGGCUCGGAGAUCCCCGACUUGUCCUCCGGGCUCCCCACCCGCCGCUCCCUCGACGGCAAAGAAGAGGGCGCGCCCGCCGCCGCCGCCGCCGCCGCUUCCCUCCUGCCGCCGCCGCCGCCUCCUCCGCCUCUUUCGCCCCCGGCCGCCGCCUCUCCUUCCCUUUGGAAGGCGGCUAAAGAUGCGGCGGGAGCUCCUUUUAAGAGCCCGAGGGGCAGGGCUCCAGCCCCCGGAGCCUCCACGCUGCCUAAAGGAGGGCAGCAGCAGCAGCAGCAACAGCAACAGCCUUGCUCGGCGGAGGAAGACCUGGUGCCCGGGCUCGGCCACGCGGUAGUAGAGCCUCCCUCCUCUUCCCCUUCUUGCAAGCUCCUGGCGGCUUCGGGGCGCUCCCCCCUGGCCGCCCCCUCGGCCUGCCCCGAAUUUCUCAACGUGCCCAUCCUGCCUCUCAACCCGGCUUACUUAGCCGCCCGGACGCGGCAGCUGCUGGACGUGGAAGAGUGCCAGGACUGGAGCCCCUUCUGCGGCCACCCCAACGCCGCUUCCUCGCCCGCCUCCUGCAACCUCCAGGACUUCUCCGGCUUCGUCUACCCGCCCAAAGACGGGCACCAGCCGCCGCCGCCGCCGCCGCUUUACCUCUUGGGCACCGGCGGGGACUUUCAGCCCAGCUUCAAGAUCAAAGAGGAGAGCCUCGCGGCGGCCGUGGGCCAAAACAGCAGCGAAGGCGGCGGGCAUUUGGGGCCCGGGACUUUAACGGCCGCCCCGGGGCCUUGCCCGGACUACGCUCCGCCGAUCGGCGCCCCUUCGCUGCCCAAGAAUACUAGCAUGAGCAGCCUAGAAGCCGCCGCCACGACCUCCGUCCCGUCCUCCACCCUGGAGUGCGUCCUCUACAAGGCGGAGGUGGCUGCAGCCACGGCCGGCGCCCUCCCGGCCUCAUACGGACCAGCGCCUUACAAAGCCUCCGCCGGCUCCAUAACGCAGAGGGAGGCUCUUGCUUUGCCCUCUACCUCGGCCGCCCCGCCUCAAGGCCUGUACCAGCCGCUCGGCUUCCACGGCCAGCAGCCCUUUUAUUCGCCUUACCUGGGCUAUAUGAGGUCUGAUGCCGAAGCUGGUCAGAGUCCUCAGUAUGGGUUUGAACCUCUGCCUCAGAAGAUCUGCCUUAUCUGUGGUGAUGAAGCUUCUGGGUGCCAUUACGGUGUCCUCACCUGCGGAAGCUGCAAAGUCUUCUUCAAAAGAGCAAUGGAAGGUCAACAUAAUUAUCUAUGUGCAGGACGGAAUGACUGCAUAGUGGAUAAGAUUCGUCGAAAGAACUGCCCUGCGUGUCGCUUGAGGAAGUGCUGUCAAGCUGGCAUGAUCCUUGGAGGUCGAAAGUUUAAGAAGUUCAAUAAGGUCAAAAUGCUAAGAGCCUUAGAUGUUGUCGCACUCCAACAGCCAGCAGCCCUUCCAAAUGAAAGCCAGACAUUGGUGCAGAGGCUUUCUUUUUCACCAAGUCAAGACAUUCAAUUUAUCCCUCCACUGAUCACUGUCUUACAAAGCAUUGAGCCCGAAGUCGUCUACGCAGGUUAUGAUAACACAAAACCAGAAACUCCAAGUGCUUUGUUGACCAGCCUCAAUCACCUGUGUGAGAGGCAGCUCCUCUGUGUAGUCAAGUGGUCCAAGUCAUUACCAGGAUUCCGGAACUUACAUAUUGAUGACCAGAUAACUCUUAUCCAGUAUUCAUGGAUGAGUCUAAUGGUCUUUGCAAUGGGAUGGAGAUCAUAUAAGCAUGUCAGUGGUCAAAUGUUGUACUUUGCUCCUGAUCUAAUAUUAAAUGAACAGAGGAUGAAAGAAUCAUCGUUCUAUUCCCUGUGCCUGUCCAUGUGGCAAAUUCCGCAAGAGUUCGUCAAGCUACAAGUAAGCUGUGAAGAGUUCCUUUGCAUGAAAGCCCUUCUCCUCCUGAAUACAAUUCCUUUGGAAGGACUCAGAAGCCAAAAUCAGUUUGAUGAUAUGAGAUCCAGUUAUAUCAGAGAGUUGGUCAAAGCAAUUGGGCUGCGACAGAAAGGGGUUGUAGCCAGUUCUCAACGUUUCUACCAGCUCACAAAGCUUAUGGAUUCCAUGCAUGAUCUUGUGAAGCAACUUCACUUAUACUGUCUCAACACAUUUCUUCAGUCCCGGACGCUGAGUGUUGAAUUCCCGGAGAUGAUGUCAGAAGUGAUAGCUGCCCAGCUUCCAAAGAUACUGGCCGGAAUGGUGAAACCGCUUCUCUUUCACAAAAAGUGACCUGCCUCUCCAUCUGUCUAUCCACAAACCCUCGCCCCCCCACCCCCUAUCUUUGGUCUCUCUCUCUCUCUCUCUCUUUUUCAUCAUUUGUAGAGAUAACAUACAGAAAUUGUGUAUUUUUAAAAAAUUGUUGGAAAAUAUUUUGGGUGGAUGAGAUUUAGCAAUGUUGGCAUAUCCCCAGUGUCAUUUUGUAUGCCUACAUUUUAUGGAUUAGACCUGGAUUAAGUCAUACUUAGAGGAGACACAUUGAAGCAGAGAGAUGUCAAACAUGGAACAGUAAUUGACACUGAUUUCAUGGACCUCUGGUGUCUGGCCAAAUCUAAAGCCAGUGUACUUCGUUUGCAAACCUUUACUCGCUGAGCCUGUUUCACAUAUCAUGAACUUUUUAAAUUCCUUUGCAAGUAGUUUGGGCCUAAGGAAUGACCAAUACUUGUCAUGAGAAGUGUUUUAUAAUAGGCCUGAUUAAAUUUCUGCUCAGAUAUUCAUUUGAGAUAAGUUUUUUUUUUUAAAAAAAAGAACAGAAAGUCACCUUGUACAUUUUCCCUUCAUAUUAUUCCUUUUUAAAUUGCUAUAAUGGAGUAAAACUUCAGCUUUUAUUACGUUUCUGUCUCUCUGUGUGUGGUUAUAUGUGUAUAUGUAUAUAAAUAUGCCAGAACAUGGUAAAAUUAAAAUAGAAAUCAUCUUCUAAGCUCGGAAUAUA